CGAACGGUCACACUCAGCUAGCUGGCGAGUCUGACAAGUUUUGUUAUUGGCGGAGAAAAAACCAGAAUAGAAAUUACGGUGGUUUAUAAAUUCUCAGUUAAGCCGAUUUCUCAGUCCCCAUUAUUCUCUGUUCUGACCGAUCUGCGAUCGACUCCGAAUCCCGAAAGUCGAGCGGCCGUGCGUAUUUUUUUCUGUUUUUUGCCUCCUCGUGUGCAACAUUCAGUGAACUAGAGCGGCCCACCGAAAAAGAUAAAAAAGUGAAAUUGCCUUUUGCGGCAAAUAAGAAAAAAUAUUAGAAAAAAAAAGAAACGAAAACAACAGUUGGUAACUAAAAUUGUUGUUUACUAUAAAGUAUUUAAGUAUAUCGGGCGUCGCUGUGUGCGUGCGUGUGUGCGUGUAGUUGUUGCGCCAAAAAUUCCAAUCGGAAUUUUGGAACAGCUGGCCACAACAACAAAACGCGGCCAAGAACAAUUUAGCUGCUGCAAAAUGGGCGAUUUCGAUCUGAAUGUGGACAGUUUGAUACAGCGGCUGCUGGAGAACUUUAAAAAGCAAAAAGAGGCCGAAGAGCACGCCCAGAAGCUGCUAAUCGCUCAACAAUUGGCCGCAGCCGGCGGAGCGGCCGCCGCCGUGGCCACCGCUUCAGCGGCAGCCGCCGCAGCCGCCGUUUCCGCAUCAUCGCCCACAAUCAGCAGCAGUUACUCGGCGUUGGCGGCCUCUUUUGGAUCCGGAUACGGAUCGGUAUCGGGAUCGGGAUCGGGAUCGGGAUCGGGUUCAGGAUCUGGGACCGGAACUGGGACCGGAACUGAGACUGGGUGUGGGGCCAGUUACGAUCCGCUGGAAGAGCUCACCGAACAGCAGCGCCGACUGCUGCAACAGUACUCGAUAUCGCCGCCCAGCGAGACAUUGAUAUCAGCCGACGGCGACCAGAUCACCGUCCAUCAUCCGCGCGAGGAGCCCAAGAAAUCCAGAUUGAAAUUGCGCGAUUUUUUCGUCGCCGAGUUUGUGCGCAGCUGCCGAACGGGCAAACAGGUGCAGAUGACCGAGGCGGAGGUGCGUGGCUUGUGCCUCAAGUCGCGCGAGAUCUUCUUGCAACAGCCCAUCCUGCUGGAGCUGGAGGCCCCGCUGAUCAUCUGCGGCGACAUCCACGGCCAGUACACAGACCUGUUGCGGCUAUUCGAGUACGGCGGCUUCCCGCCGGCCGCCAACUACUUGUUCCUUGGCGACUACGUCGAUCGGGGCAAGCAGUCGCUGGAGACCAUCUGCCUGCUGCUGGCCUACAAGAUCAAAUAUCCGGAGAAUUUCUUCUUGCUGCGUGGCAAUCACGAGUGCGCCAGUAUUAACAGGAUUUACGGCUUCUACGAUGAGUGCAAGCGCCGAUACAACGUCAAACUAUGGAAGACCUUCACGGAUUGCUUCAACUGUCUUCCUGUGGCCGCGAUCAUUGACGAGAAGAUCUUCUGCUGCCACGGCGGCCUCAGUCCCGAUCUUCAGGGCAUGGAGCAGAUCCGGCGGCUGAUGCGGCCCACGGAUGUGCCGGACACCGGGCUGCUGUGCGACCUGCUGUGGAGCGAUCCCGACAAGGACGUCCAGGGCUGGGGCGAGAACGACCGCGGGGUGAGCUUCACCUUCGGCGUGGACGUGGUCUCGAAGUUCUUGAACCGGCACGAGCUGGACUUGAUCUGCCGUGCGCAUCAGGUUGUGGAGGAUGGUUACGAGUUCUUUGCGCGUCGCCAACUGGUCACAUUGUUCUCGGCGCCAAACUACUGUGGGGAAUUCGACAACGCCGGCGGCAUGAUGACCGUGGACGACACGCUCAUGUGCUCAUUCCAGAUCCUGAAACCAUCCGAGAAGAAGGCCAAGUAUCUGUACAGCGGCAUGAACUCGUCGCGACCGACAACACCGCAGCGCAGCGCCCCAAUGCUGGCGACCAACAAGAAGAAAUAAUAUAUCCAUCCGCUUCCAUUUCCUUAAAGGUUCAACAAACAACAACAGAAAUAAACUUUUACAUAGAUACACACAUAUAUAUACAUAUAAAUAUAAAGGGUUAGAGAAUGAGCGCGGCAGUAGGCAGUAGGGCAGAUGAUAAAUUAAAUGUGUGAGCUAACGAUAACGAAUCCAGCUAAAUCGAAGUGUAUGAAGAUAAACAUUAAUGUGUAUCCGUCACUAUCUGUAAACACAUUGCUCGUUGAUUCCUGCAUUUGAAGAUUAUCUGUUGAGUGGCAAUUAUGAUAACUCUCCCUUCCUCCAAAUCAUCCCCGAAACGUGCAGAUAAAUAAAUAAAUUAAAAAAAGUACAGCGAUGUUAAGCAAUGAAUUUAUAUAUAGGCUUAUUAAUGUAAACUAUAUACAAUAUACUUAUAUAUUCAUAACUACAAGAGAGACGCGAAAUCAAACCUAAAACCGACAACAAAAAACAAAAAACAACAAACAACAAAAGGAAAGCAAAAGCAAAAGUAUCUGCCCACUGUGCGGCUUCUUUGGGGUUGGCACAGUGGGACAAACCGCAUGGACUAGCUAUCAAUUUACCUUUACUUUUACUUUUACUUUUUGGCCGUGCGCCGAGCUUACAAAAUUCGAAGCUGUUGUUCGAUUUUUGGUUCUCCUCCUAUCAACUAAGUGCGCAUUACAAAUUUGUCUAACAAAAUCUUAAGGAAAAUCAAAAAACAAGAAAGCAAAUGAUAAAAUAGAAGAAACGAAACGAAACAAAACAAAAACAUAUGUAUUAAGCUUAAAACAGUUAAACUCUGUGUGUGUAUUUUAUUUAUUAUUUAUCUAUAAAUAUAAAUAUAUAUGUUCUUUUUGUCAUUGUUUAAUUAAUUUAUUGCUUACACUACAUUUAUAAAAUGCAAAACAAUUAAACUCUAACAACUAAUUUUUGUCAUUAUACUCAGUUUAAGUGGCAAAAUACUGUUAACCUGUUAAUGGGCAUUUAACAAUUGGGGCUUGUUUUUCAAUGCCUAAACUUUACCUAGAGAAAACCAACCUAACUUUAACUUGCCUCACACACAAAACGAAAAUAAUAAAUACAAAAUACAAAAUAUUUAA